AUGGCAUUCACAAGACAUAGAAGAUUUUUAUGUAAAACUCAUCCUUAUAGAAGGCAAAAGAAGGCAUUUGAUGGUAAGAAAGAAUUCGACUUCGCACCAAAACCAUUGAGUGGCCAUGAUGUUCUGAAAACAGUUGAGGGGAUCAAUUGUUGUUGGGGAAAAAAGAGUGGCAAGCUAAAUGCUAAAAGAAAAAUUAGUGAAUCAUGUUGGAAAAAGAAAUCAAUUUUCUUUGAGCUUGAGUAUUGGAAGCAUUUUCAUGUUCGGCAUGUUCUUGAUGUCAUGCACAUUGAGAAAAAUGUGUGUGAAAGUAUUAUUGGCACAUUACUUGACAUCCCAGGAAAAACCAAAGAUGGGGUAGCUGCUCGACUAGACCUUGUGGAAAUGAAUGUGAGAAUGGAGUUGGCACCAAAACAAGGGGAGAAGAGAACGUUUUUGCCACCUGCUUGCUAUACACUAAGAAAAAAGGAGAAAAAGAAAGUUUGUAACUCUUUGUUACAUAUGAAAGUCCCAACAGGCUAUUCAUCUAAUGUGAGAAACCUUGUCAAUGUGAAGGAGUUGAAACUUGUUGGUCUUAAAUCUUACGAUUGUCACACUUUCAUGCAACAGUUGCUUCCAGUUGCUAUUCGAGGUGUGUUGCCCAAACAUGUAAGGUCUGCUAUCACUCGGUUGUGCUUUUUCUUUAAUGUCAUAUGUAGCAAAGUGAUAGAUGCCUCAAAGUUAGAUGCGCUACAAGAUGAGAUUGUGACAAUGCUGUGUUUGCUGGAAAAGUACUUUCCUCCUUCAUUUUUUGAUAUAAUGGUUCACUUAACUGUUCAUCUUGUGAGGGAGGUCAAAUUGUGUGGACCGGUGUGGUGUAGAUGGAUGUACCCAUUUGAAAGAUAUAUGAAAAUCUUGAAAGGUUAUGUGCGAAAUCGCAAUCGACCAGAAGGUUGUAUAGCCGAGUGUUAUAUUUCUGAAGAAGCUAUAGAAUUCUGCUCAGAGUAUUUGUCUAACGUACAAACAAUUGGGAUCCCAUCAAUAUUUCAUGAAGUGGUGCGUACUCGGCCUUUAUCAGGUGCUCAAGUGCAAUCCAUUAGCCAAGCAGAGUGGGAGCAAUCACAUCGUUAUAUUUUGGCAAACGAUGUAGAAAUAGACCAAUACGCCAAGGAACACAUGGCACAUUUGAAAGCUACAUUGCGUGGUAAAGUUGGACGAGCAAUAAAUGAUUCCACCCAUGAAAUAUCAGAAAGACUAAAAUGGUUGGCACAUGGUCCUCGGAACCAAGUGUUAAAAUACUCUGGUUAUUUAAUUGAAGGAGUUACUUUUCAUACCAAAGAUCGUGAUAAUUUGCGAGCUGUCCAAAACUCAGGAGUAAGCUUAGUUGGAAAUAUAAUGCAAGUUUCUAGUGCAAAGGAUAAGAACCUCGUUGAGUCAGAUAUGGUAUUUUAUGGAGUUAUUGAUGAAAUAUGGGAGCUUGAUUACCAUACCUUUCGAGUUCCUGUGUUCAAAUGCAAUUGGGUUGAGAAUAACAAUGGUAUUAAAGUAGACGAUCUUGGUUUCAAAUUAGUAAACCUCAAUAGGAUUGGAUUCAAAUCUGAUUCUUUUAUCUUAGGGAGUUAA